GUAGUCAUGGCUGAUGUCAGAGGGCAACCGACUCUCCACGAGCUCAAGUCGUAUGACAUGCUAGUCACAUCCGCCGUGUUCUUAGGUCUCUCUGCCAUGACGGUGAUUGCCAGAAUAUAUGUUAGAGGUUGGAUGAUUCGUUCAUUCGGUUGGGAUGAUUGGCUUAUGAUGGUGACCUGGGGUUUUUUCGCUGUGACAACCUCAUUGCUCAUAAGCAUUGCAUUGGCAGAAAUACAUCCACCAGGUGUCGGAAAUCCUGAUACCGUCAACGGCAUCUUGACAUUGGUUGUUUGUAUCUUUGGACUCUAUAUUCUAACGACCAUCAUAUUCAAGCUCAGUCUGGCCGUCUUCUUCCUCCGUGUUGUCAACCAGCGCUGGCAACGUCAGGUCAUCAUUGGUUCAGUGACACUCUACACGCUCUUCGGAAGCGCCUGGCUCUUCGUUGCCAUCUUUCAAUGUGGCAACCCUGGAGAUUAUGGAAAGAACGAGCUGGAUGGCAAGUGCCUGCCUUUCAAGACCGUCCUCCGACCACUCAACUACACCCAUGGAGUACUCAAUGCCGUCACCGAUUGGAUCUUUGCAAUUAGUAAGUCUGCGCAGAUGCACAGGCAACAGAAAAUCACCGUCUGCACCAUUCUCGGCUUGGGUGUUCUGGGCAGCAUCUGCUCUAUCGUACGCCUCGCCUACGUGGACGUCAUUGGCGUCUUACUCGAGGAUCUCCUGGUGUCUGCUCCCAACUACGCCAUCGUCUCCAUCAUCGAGCUCGGUCUUGGUAUCACGGCUGCCUGUCUAGCCACCCUCCGCCCUCUUUUCGCCGCCUGGUUCGACAAGGCACGCACAAACAUGUCCUCGUCUCGCAGCAGAAACACCAAGUCUACACCCAUAGGCUUGGGCAACAACAAAGGCAUCUCUGGCUCCUACGUGACUUCUGGCCAUAAUUUGGGUCACAAAGACGAUGGCGUCGUUACUGUGACCAGAGAGUUGCAGGUGUACACAGACCGACCCAGUAAUCUUGGCGAUAUGUUGGAGAUGCAUGCGUUUGGCCCUGCGGAAGGACAUCAGACACGUUCUGGCCAUCGAUCACGGAGUCAAUCCAGUGAAGAGUCUUUGCUCGAGGUUGUAUAA